AUGCAGCUUGGCAGCUUGACCCGUGAUGCCGGCGAUGAGAAUGCAAGGAGCUGCAAUGAAGCGUUUGCUCAUCUUUGCACUCAAAUAUUCCAACACCGCCUCGUAGUUCGCUACACACAACUCUGUCGAGUGGUCUCCCGCCAUCACAUUUAUGCCAGCGAACACCAACCAAUUUGCAUACGGCCAAGUUCACCUCUCGUCAAUUCUCGCGGCUACAAUUUCGCGUUUCCCAUAAGUCCGACUCACCGUAAUGGUGGUGUUUCUUCCUUCGGACCAAUUACUGCCCUGCACGCCAGACACAAACGAACCCUCUUAUGUCGAGAGCUAAGGGACAGGAAAUUCAGUAGUGGGCAGUUUUUUUGGUUUUUUCCCCCCACUCCCUCUUCUUUCCUCGCUCUCUCCUUCACUUCCCUCUCUUUCAUUUUUCUCUCUCUUUCCGUGUUCUCUCUCUCUCUUUCCGUGUUCUCUCUCUCUCUUUCCGUGUUCUCUCUCUCUCUUUCCGUGUUCUCUCUCUCUCUUUCCGUGUUCUCUCUCUCUCUUUCCGUGUUCUCUCUCUCUCUUUCCGUGUUCUCUCUCUCUCUUUCCGUGUUCUCUCUCUCUUUCCGUGUUCUCUCUCUCUCUCUCUCUCCGUGUUCUCUCUCUCUCUCUCUCUCCGUGUUCUCUCUCUCUCCGUGUUCUCUCUCUUUCCGUGUUCUCUCUCUUCCGUGUUCUCUCUCUCUCUCUCUCUUUCCGUGUUCUCUCUCUCUCUCUCUCUCUUUCCGUGUUCUCUCUCUCUCUCUCUCUCUCUCCGAGUUCUCUCUCUCUCUCUCUCUCCGUGUUCUCUCUCUCUCUCUCUCUCCGUCCGUGUCUCUCUCUCUCUCUCCGUGUUCUCUCUCUCUCUCUCUCUCCGUGUUCUCUCUCUCUCUCUCUGUGUUCUCUCUCUCCUGUCGUCACUUUAGCUUCCACCCUCUCCCCCUCUUCCUCCCCUCUCUUCCGUCUUAUCUCUUUCCUUUCCACCUGUUUCCCUACCGCAAUCUCUUUCUCUCAUUUUUGUGUCUCUCUCUCUCUCUCUUUUUUGUCUCUCUCUCUCUCUCCGUGUUUUCUCUCCCCUGUCGUCGCUUUAGCUUCCCCCUUUCUCCCCCUCUCUUCCUCCCCUCUCCACCAUCUUCUCUUUCCUUUCCUCUUCUGUUUCCCCCCGCAAUCUCUCUCUCGCAUUUUUGUCUCAAUCUCUCUCUCUCUCUCUCGCAUUUUUGUCUCUCUCUCUCGCAUUUUUGUCUCUCUCUCUCUCUCGCAUUUUUGUCUCUCUCUCUCUCUCUCGCAUUUUUGUCUCUCUCUCUCUCUCUCGCAUUUUUGUCUCUCUCUCUCUCUCUCGCAUUUUUGUCUCUCUCUCUCUCUCUCGCAUUUUUGUCUCAAUCUCUCUCUCGCAUUUUUGUCUCAAUCUCUCUCUCGCAUUUUUGUCUCAAUCUCUCUCUCGCAUUUUUGUCUCAAUCUCUCUCUCGCAUUUUUGUCUCAAUCUCUCUCUUUUUCUCUCUCUCUCGCAUUUUCUGUGCUCUCUCACCUGUGGUCGCUUUAGCUCAAUCUCUUUCUUUUUCUUUCUCUUUCUCUGAUUUCUUUCUCUUUCUUUCUCUGAUUUCUUUCUCUUUCUUUCUCUGA